AUGUUCUUUUUCAGCGAAGAACUGGUCUCAAGGUGCCCUCAUUGUAAAGCGGCGAAGAAAACAGUGGAUCAUCUGGCCACUAGAUGUGAACGUAUGCUGUAUCUUGACUACACGAGACGUCAUAAUGAAGUUGUACGCUGUUUGCAUCUCCAUUUUUGUCGUCUUUAUGGAUUGAAGAAUCAGAAAAGGUUGAAGACACAUUCGGUGCAGGAGGUUAUAUCGAAUGAAAGAGUUGAGGUACGGGUGGACACUCGAAUCGAGACUGAUUCUACCGUUCGUUAUAACAAACCUGAUUUAUUGGUAUAUGAUAAAAAAGAGAACGUAAUUUGGAUUGUGGAUGUGGGAGUUACUUCUCAAGAUAAUUUACAGCGAGUAAUACUUGAAAAGUUAAGAAAAUAUGAAUUGCUCGCUAAUGAAUUAUCCCUGAUCCACAAGGCCAAAGUGAAUUUAAUUCCUGUUGUCCUUACAUGGGAUGGCAUUGUGUCUAAAUAUUUUAAAAAAUAUUUGGAGUCGAUCAGAGUGAGGGAACAUCUGAUUGCUUAUAUGCAAUCAAUUGUGCUUAAGCGUACGAUGGAGAGCACUGUGCUGGACUUUCGGAGAGGUCUUUCGCAAAUGGAUUAUGAACCCCGGGUUGAGGAGGUACUCUAA